UUCGAUAUGUUAUGACAUGUCAUGUGCUGAAUAUAUCAACAUAAACACAACAAGCAAACAAAUUACACGGCGAGCCGAAGGCGCACCAAGCAAGGUUUAACCAAUGUAAACCAUGGCAAUACAAGACUAUGGCUUUUAGUGGAAAACGUCAUUGUGUUAUCAUGCUAGAAGUCAUGAACCUAGCUACAAUGAGCGACAAAAAGCGACCCAAACCGUAUAUACGUACCGAACAUGCAAAAGAAUUUCAUUAUCACAUGAUUGACUCGCUGUGAUUGAGGUUCUGCGGAGCUGAACCAAGACGUCUCUUCUCCCCACUGCCUGCUUAGUGAAGGCAUCAAUCUAUUACAGUCACGGCUUUUAGAUGAUAAAGACGAUACAAAUUCGACAGUGCGGCAAUGGCACCUUUACACAGAAGUCGCAGUUUGCUUAUCACUAUGGCUACCUUCUCUCUAUUGACCUCAGCGCGAGCGGCAAAUCCGUCAGCCGAACAAGUUCUGAUUUCAACGCUUAUGCGUACUUAUAACAGAAACGCUCGUCCAGUAUUUGACAGAAAAAGGGCCACAAAUGUCACGUUUGGACUUGAGGUUGUUCAGUUAGUGAACGUGGAUGAUCGUAAUCAGAUGCUGACGACAAACGUAUGGGUAAGACAAAGGUGGAGAAACGAGCUGUUAACCUGGAAAGUGGGCAAGUACAAUGGAGUGAAAACAAUAAGAAUGGAUCCAAACUUAGUGUGGAUACCAGAUGUUGUGUUAUACAACAGUGCAGACAGUGUGUUCAGCGGUGGCCUUGAUAAGUAUAAGACACGCGUCAUCAUUGAAAACGAUGGACGUAACGCUUGGUACAGUCCAGCCUCGUUCCGAAGCACUUGCAACAUAGACGUGACGUAUUUCCCUUUUGACGAGCAGACAUGCACGAUGAAAUUUGGCUCGUGGACCUUCGUUGUGACGGACCUGGAUAUUGAAGCCGAAACGUCACCCACAUUCUCCGAUAAGUACGUAAAAAGCGCCGAGUGGGACCUCAUUAAAGCCUCCAAGAAGCGAAAUGUCGAGUUCUACGAGUGCUGCAAAAUUCCACUUGCCGAUGUCACAAUCGAGAUGGUUAUCCGCCGUAAGCCGCUGUUUUACGCGUUCAACUUGAUCACUCCGUGUAUGAUUAUGCUGUCCAUGAUCCUCCUCGGGUUUUUCCUUCCGCCUGAGUCAGGCGAACGAAUCACGCUAAGCAUCACGGUCCUCUUGGCCAUGGCUGUCUUUCUGCAGCUCGUAGCGGAGACUUUGCCGCGCAAUUCAGAAACAAUUCCUCUACUCGGUAAGUUUUACAUCACGAUCAUGGUGGAAAUCUCGGUGUCACUAAUGUCAACUUGCUGGGUAUUGAACAUUCAUCACAGAAAUUCCGGUCGCUCUAUCGUGAAAAUUCCUGUAUGGGUCGAAAUCUUCGUCCUUGGAUGGCUGGCGAAUAUACUGUGCGUGAGGAAACCAGGCGCCCAAAACGACGAAAGUUCCCUUGUCGAAAAACAGGAAAAUGAUGGCGGCAACUGUGAUGAUGAUGAUAACAGUGAAGUUCAAGUGAGGGUUGCAUCGCAAGAACUUAAUGGAAGGAAUACUUCUAUGAACGGUGAGGCGCAUGCGCUGCUAUCCAUGAAUCAUAAGAAGACUCCAAAGUGUCGAUCGAUCACACAGAUUCAGAAAAGGCUUUCACAACAAAAUGGUGUAACAAAAAUAUCGGGUGACAAAGAGAAAGGAACAGAAAAUAGCUUCGCACAGGACUUGGCAGUCCUGGCUGAACACACGAAAUUGAACCGAGAAAUCGAGCAAAAUCAGAAGAAAUGGAAGCACGUUGCUAUGGUGAUGGACCGGUUCUUUUUCUGGUUUUUCAUUAUCACUGUUCUGAUCUCCACGUUACUGAUAUUCAAGGAGAAAAUACGACAAGGAAGGAAUGGUUGAAUGAUUAAGCUAGUCCCAGCUUUUAAAACUUGUAAAACGAAACCUGGGCGUCUAGAGCUCACAGCUCGUGCAUGAUCACCAGUGCAAUUAUAACCACAGAUACAAAAGCAACAACUUUCAAUUCCAAGAAUAUCCCUGUGAUCCACAUUUAACAAUUUUACUCGAUUCAAGGCAGCAGAACGGGACAUGCCAACAACAUGAUAUGUUCAAGUGAAGCUGAAGUCUCGGUGCCCACUGGUUUUUGUAGAAAAUAGGAACCCCACUGUCUAAAGGCCAAGUUCAGGCAACAUUUUCUUGUAACUUGUCGCCCUACAUUGUUACCUUGCAAGUUAUUUAAACCAAUCGUGUGGCAAGUUC